CAAAGAUUAAGUUUGCGGCUGUUGUGCUCUUAGAAUCUGAAGAAGGAUCCAAAUUCAAGAAUUGUUCAAGUGAUCUGCAACUACAGGACUCAGUUCAGUUUCUAAAGAGAAAGUAAAAAAUCAUGGAUGGUAAAUUGAUAAAUGAUAGAAAAUAAGCAAUUCCCUGAUAAACAAGGCAUCUUUUGUUUUUAGAUUCAGAAGAGAAUUAAAAGACAAAAGGAAUUUAAAAAAUGGCAAAACAAAAAUCGAAACAAUGUCAUGGAAUCAAGGAAGAAUUUGUUGGACUAGUUAACCGAGGAGCCACAUGCUACUUGAACACAAUACUGCAAACUCUCUACAUGACUCCUGAAGUUCGGCAAAAUAUAAAUUGCUUUCCUGUGGCAAAGGAUAAAGACAAGAGCAUUUGCUACCAACUUAAAAAGCUUUUUGAAGAACUGGAUCGCAAAAUAAUACCUGUGAACACAGAUGGGAUUAUCAGAACUUUAUUGACACACGAACAAACUAAUGAUCAACAAGAUAUAGAAGAAUACUUCCGAAUCUUAAUGAACAAAGUUGCUGAAGAAAGUGAGGAAUCCCAAAAAAUAUUGCAGAUCUACCAGAGUGAAAUGAUAAAUUCACUGACAUGCUUGGAAUGCGAAAGUGAAUACAAAGAAAAAAGUAUUCUUUUAGAUAUUCCUUUGCCUAUUCGCUCUUUUGAUUCUAUCAUUUUCAAGGAUGUGAUGGAAUCUUUUCAAGAUUUUUUGAAAUCUGAAAUCUUGGAUGAUGACAAUAUGUGCUACUGUGAAAAAUGUGACGGAAAGACCAAGACAAAGACAAUGUAUUACUUUGAAUGCUUGCCACAGAUACUGAUUCUGCAACUGAAAAGAUUUGACUUUGACUAUGGCCGUAUGGGUUAUGUAAAGCUUGACGAUCAGAUAAAGAUCCCACUGACUUUAAAAUUUGAAGAAAUGAAGAAUGAGGAAACUAAGAAUGUACAAUGGUGUUUGAUGCCCCGGGCAUCACAGGUCACCACUGAAGCAGAAAGGACUCCUUCAGCAAAACGUAGGUUAAUUGACAAUCCAGAGGAACAUCCAUCAAAAAAGCUCAAAACUUGUCAGAGUGAAGAAAGCCAAGAUGAAACUCGCGAAGUGAAUGGUGAAACAGGCACUGAAUUUAAUGGUAGCAGUAGUGGCAAUGACAGUGACCAGCAUGGUGAGCCUCUGCCAAGACCAUUACCACAGGCAGAGGCACCGCCGCUCACACAAGCAGCAAGACCCACCUCAGAUACCGUGCAUUCAGAGAUAACAAAAUGCAUGAACUAUGAGCUGUUUGCCAUCUGUGACCAUAUUGGAGGAUAUGGCAGUGGUCAUUAUGUUGCUCAAAUCAAAUCGCACACUAAUAAGUGGUACCUAUUCAAUGAUUCAUCGGUUAGCAAGAUAAGUGAAGAUGAGUCUCAUGAAAAAUCUCAAUGCAGCAGGAAUAGAAAAUCAACAACAUUUCAUAAAUGUUCAGGAACAGAAUACCUAUUGAUGUACAGGAAUGUAGAACCAAACAGCAAUCAAGAACGCUUUGAACAAAAGCAGCGACUUUCCUCUGAAAGUACUGAUGAUAAGAUAGAAAUAAAUGAAGAGGAAAAUAAUCCGAAGACAAAAGGAGAGGAAAAUAUUAUGGUGGAUGAGGAAUUGCCGAACAUUACUGAAACACAAGUCAUAAUAGAGAUUCAGAAAGCACCAGAAGAACAAGGUCAGGCAGGAAGAGUUGAAGAAAAAGCGGAUUUUAUACAAUGCAAUGAGGGAAGAGAUUAUCAUGAGGGGAAUCCUGACAUAUUGGAAGAAAAACAAAAUGUAAAAGAUGUGGGUGAGAAAAACAGAAAAGACAAACAAGAACAAAGUAUAGCAAAGAAGAAUAUGUCAAACAUAGAUGAAUCCAGAAUAGGAAACAGUGUAGGAAACAAGAAUAUUAAAGGAAAAAAGGCAACAGGAGAGGAAAGCCAAGGUAUAAAAUCAGAAGAGACAGAUCAUAAAGAAAGGACAGUAGACAAAAGAGGAAUAUCUCAAAGAAAAAGAGGGACAAAACAAGAACAGGUGAAGGUGGAACAAACUUGCGGAAUGGAACAGGAAGAAACUGUGGGAUCACAAUGUCUAGAAAGACAGAAGAAACGGAGUAAAGAGAAGUUGAAGCAAAGGAAAAAUCAAGUCAACAUUAGGAAAAAUGCAAAUGAUUUAGUUGAGGAACAUAGAAUCAUAGAAUAUGAUUCAGCCCAUCAUGCAGGCGGUUUGGAAGAGCUAUCCAAUCAUUCCCACUCCCCCACUCUCUCCCUGAUGCAACAUCAGCAAAUUGCAGAAAAACAAGAUACCACAAAGAAAAAAGCAAACGCCAAAGCAGCAAAAAGAAAAAAAGCAGAAGAAUUAAAAUCAAGGAAAGCCACGAAAAAGACAUUUAAAAGUAGAAUUUUAAAAAUAUUCUCUAAAAAACAAAAGUCCCCUAAAAAAGGUUUUAAUAAGAGUAAUAGUAUUGAGAGUUUGACAGAAGAAUUAAAGUCAGAGAAAGGCAAGGAUAAGGAAGUUUUUUCUCCCCAAAAGUCCUCUAAAAAAGAAAAGCUCCCUAAAAAAUCUCAUAAGUGGUCUUGUAUUGGGAGGAGUGCUGAAGAAGAAUAAAUUUAUAGCUUAGACCAGUAGGGACGAAUCUUUACGGUGAGCCAAAACAAAACAUUUUCUUUUGAUUAAAUCAAGAAAUAUUGAAUUAAGAAACCUCCAGCUCGUGGCCACAGCUUGUAGAUCAGGUCUAGACAUGUAAAAAAUAUAAUGUACCUGCCAAUGCUUUUUUAAGAAAUAAAUCAUUUGCUUACUGUGAUAAUAUGAAUAAGUUUAGCUAAGAAACUGCUUAUCAAAUGCAAGGAUUAUUAUUAUUAUAUGUACUUGUAACUGCUUACUUAUAAACUCAACAGUACUUUAGUAUGUUUUGCAGUGUUUUAUACUUUUUGGAUUUAAUUAGACAUUUGCUAACCUAUAAUAAUCUGAAUAAAACCUAAUUAAACAGCCUUAAACUAGUGUAUAUACUUCUGGACGGGUUAAAAUAUUUCCAGCAACUUAGAGCGGAAGCUAAUGUUGCCUUCACAGCAAUCUGGAAAAUAACCUUAGUGCAUUUAAACAAAGUCAAUUUCGAAACUUCGAACAUACCAAACAGAAAAUGGAGCGAUUUGUUUUCAUUUUUCAAUUAGGUUAAUAUUGUAAAUGUUGCUUUGCCUUCAAUAAAAUGUAAAACAUUUAUUA